AUGAUUUUUGUAAUAGAGCAGAGGCUAAAAGACUCGCAAAUUGAAGAAGAAAGAAGGCAGAAAGUCUUGAGAGAAAUCGUCGAGAGAUUUUUGUCCGAGGAAGAAAUUUACAACUUGGGAAAUUUCAAAGAACAAUUCACGAAAAUCGCGCAUUGUACGACGAUGAAAUUGAACCCCGUAUCAAUGGCGAAGUUGUUUGAUCUGAUGACGAUGGCUGUGAAGUAUCAAGUCUUCCACUGCCGCAACCCUAAGCAAAUGUAUCUUUGCUUACUGAAUCAUUUUGAGGACCUUGAAGAGCUGUUCAAAAGCAUUGAAGACAGAAGAGUGAGAAAGUUUUUCACAACGAAAGUGGCUCCUAUUUUCGGCGAUCUUUCAGCUGCAAAAUGGACAAUACUUCGGCGUAAAAUCCUCAACGAUUACCAGGAGCACCAGAUCCGAGUUUCAUUACUGUUGCGACGCGAGUUACAAUUGGAAGACGCGCGUUUUGUCCUCAAGAGAACAAUUCCCGACGGUUUUCAAAAACCAGGAACGACGAAAUUUUACGGAGCGAUGGAAGAAAGCGAUCAAGUAACUUGGGCGAUGGCUGGAGGCCCUCCAGAGACAGUUUUGGAAGAAGAAAAGGAGCUUCAGUCAGCGGAAGAUUUCGCUGGAAAACGAAAUUGGAAGCUUGGCCGAAAUUUAUACGACGAAGCUAGCCAACAACCACGAGUUCCUGAAGACGCACCGUCUGUUUUUGAAGCCCAAACUUCGAUUUUGUCGAAUAUGAUGUUCGAGGAAAGCAAAAAAGAAACUGCUGCUCAGUCGAUGAUCCAACUGUCCGUCUUACACGACGAAGCUGAUGGCAAAACAGAUCCAGAAGAGAAGCCAGAAAAACAAACAGUUCGUUUCGAAAAAGAAGGUGACUCUUGCCCGACCGUGAAUUCCAAGAAUGUCAAUAGCUUCCAUGUCCAAAAACUCAUCAAAAAUCUCCAAAGCGAUGCUCAAAAUGACAAACAAGCACCUGAAGACGAUUUGCUAGCAAUGAUGGAUGCUUUAUAA